AAGUUACGUAGAUUCGGAGUACGUGCCAAGGUGCCUGGUAUGUUUAGCAGCUUUGCUCCUCUGUAGUUUCGUGUUUUUCUCUUUAUUUAAUGUUUUCUGGUUCUGGUUCUGUUCAGAACCGAGUCACUGCUUCAUUGCGCUCCGAGCAGACGAGUUAAAUCCGAGGAACGGCUUCAAUAAGCAGCUUUAGGGCUGCAACGAGCCCCGCUGCUAGCAGCUUUAGCUGGGUCAGCACCGCCUCGAGUUAACCAGGUUAGCGGCUAACUAGUUAACCAGCUGCUCAACUGUUGCUGUCUUCCUCACAGAGACACCGGGCUGGAUAGCGGCUAGACCCGGUGACCUUCACGGACUGACGGCUGCACCUGGACCGACCAUGUCCCCUCAUUAACAGUAGCUCCAGAACCCUCGGCUCGGUUCGAUUGGCCAUAAUCCGGCUUUCAGGUUCUGGUUCCCGCCCCGCUCGGAGGAAUGGCUCGCUGCCCGGUGGUGAACCUGCUGCGGUUCGGGAACAGGGUGGCCAGGAGCGGCUUCCUGCGGCCUUUGCACGCCGCGGCAGGUUGCUCCUCCACGGAACCAAGAACUGGGUUCAAACCGGACAGGGUUGCCGUGGUUACCAAAACCACCCGGUAUGAGUUCGAGCUGCAGCGGUACCGGUACGCCGGACUGUCUGAGGAGGACCUGACGCAGCUGCUAGCCAUGAAGGGCUCCAGCUACAGCGGCCUGUUGGAGCGCCACAACAUCCACACCAGCAACGUGGAGCACAUUGUCCAGAGCCUGCAGAGCGCCGGUAUGGAGGUGCGGGUGGUGAGGAGAGGGGAGUACGAUGACGAGGUGGUCCGGUGGGCCGACGCCAUCGUCUCUGCUGGAGGUGAUGGGACGAUGCUGCUGGUGGCCAGUAAAGUUCUGAACAAGGACAAGCCGGUUGUUGGAGUGAACACCGACCCAGAGAGGUCAGAAGGUCACCUGUGUCUGCCGGUGCGCUACACCCGCGCCUUCCCAGAGGCUCUGGAGCGGCUCUGCCGUGGUGAGUUCAGGUGGUUGUGGCGCCAGCGGCUCCGGCUGCACCUGGAGGGAACCGGGAUCAACCCGACCCCAGUGGACCUGCAUGAGCAGCAGCUGAGCCUGGAGCAGCACAACUGGGCCCACCGGAUCAGCACCGUGGAGCAGCAGCAGAGAGCGGGAGCGCUGCACCCGGCCUACUCAAAGCCCAGCCUGCUGCCGGUGCGGAGCCUGAAUGAGAUCUUCAUCGGGGAGUCUCUGUCCUCCAGGGCCCAGCUAAAAGUCUUCACUCCCCGUCUCUUCCUCCAUAGGGCGUCGUACUACGAGAUCUCUGUGGACGGCGGGCCCUGGGAGAAGCAGAAGAGCUCCGGGCUCAGCGUGUGCACCGGAACCGGGUCCAAGGCCUGGUCGUUUAACAUCAACAAACUGGCUGAACAGUCUGUGGAGGAGGUUCUGAGAAUCGGAAUGUCUCAGGCCGGAGUUGAUCUUCCCCUCAGCAGGGAGUUCGUAGGGAAAGUAACCGAUGACUACAACGCGUCCCUGGUGUUCGCCCCAGACGAGCCCCGCCUCUUCUACAGCGUCAGGGAGCCAAUCAGCAACCGCGUGUUCUCCAGCAGCCGGCAGAGAGGCUUCGCCAGCAGGGUGUGCGUCCGCUCGCGGUGCUGGGACGCCUGCAUGGUGGUGGACGGCGGCACGUCCUUCGAGUUCAACGACGGCGCCAUCGCCACGGUAACCGUGAGCGAGGAGGACCGGCUCCGGACCGUCCUGCUGGACCAGUGAGCCAGGUCGGCGACCGGUCCGGACUCAGCAGCCUGUUGCCAUGGAGACGGGAUCAGGGUCUGACUCACUAAGCCCAUAAUGAAGUUCUGAUCCAGAGCAGAGUGGAGCUGCUGCACCAUGUGACCAGCUCUGCUCUGAUUGGCUCAAACCAAACGUCUAAUCAGAGGACAAAGAUCUAAAACCCAUAAACACGCUGGACCAGUUUACCCAGUAACUGAUGCAGACAUCCCAUAAUAAACCAGUUUUAUCUGCACAUCAACGCCGCUGCCUCACAGAAUCUGCCUCUGUCAGAACCGGACCGGAACCGAGGAAAACAGCCAAAGGAGAACCGUUGGGCUAAACACACCGGAUAAGUUUUCACACCCAGCACCUUCUGAUCAGGCCCAAAACUUUAUCGCUUCAUUUCUAUCCAUUAUUUACAGAUCAAAACCAAAGUUCCUCCUGGAACCCUUGUUUUAUUAAAUAUUAGUGUUUUAUUAAAUAUUAAUGUUUUAUGAAAUAUUAAUAUUUUAUUUAAUAUUAAUGUUUUAUGAAAUAUUAAUAUUUUAUUAAAUAUUAAUGUUUUAUGAAAUAUUAAUAUUUUAUUUAAUAUUAAUGUUUUGUUGUGACAGACACAAGCAGGGCAACAGGAAGUGGAAUAAAAUGAUUGAUGAUGGAUUAUUGAUCAUUGGUUUUCUGCAGCCAUAAAUCAAUCCAGUUGUCCUCAUUUUUCUGCCUCUGCAAAGGUCUGGAAAUCAGCUGCUGUUUCCUUUGACUAGGCCAUUUUGACCCAUGGGCUCUACAGUCCAAAGAGCCGUUUUUGUUUUUAUAAUUAACUAAUACAAUUUAUUUAUAGAAUCUUAAAACCUGCAGGGCCCUUCAGAAUAAAAGCUUAUCAAGUUUUAUGACAAUUAUGUUUUCCAGUUAUAAUAAAGAUCUACAAAUACAGAUGUAAUUUAAAGUUUUAAACUAUUUUGUUAAUUUUUAUGGAAAAUUAGGAAAAUCAUGUAGAAUCAAAACAAAAGAACCAAAAAUGAAAAGUUUUCAAAUCGAAUCAAAUUUAACAUGAAAACCAGUAAAAAUGAAGUUUCAGACAUUUUAAUCUUUGUAACUAAAACAGUUUUUAAAACCUGAUCUGACCGUUCAGGAAGAAUCCUCAACAUUUUAAACCCACUUCUCUGGGUUUAACCCCGUCACUGCUGGGGAAUUUUAUUUUCUUUUAUUUGCAUUAAACCGUUUUUAAAGCCCGAUCCGGUUCUGGUCGUAGUGACACAGCAGCAGGUCAGAGGUCAAAGGUUAAAUAAUAGUAGAGCCUCAGUUUGUGUUGCUGAAGAAAGUUUGAGUUUUAUUAGUUUGUAGAGGGAAGCAGGUCCGAUCCAGAGCUGCUGGUUCUGGUUCUGGGAACGCUGCAGUGGCGUCUCAGCGCGGCGCUGAGCAUUCUGGGAAAAUCUCACUUCUGGAAAUGAUUGUUACAAAACAUGAAAAUGUGACGUCGGCAUUAAGAAGCUCAUGAACUGGUUUCUAACCAGCAGUCCGCCUCCCAGUCUGGACCUGAACCAGUAGGUCUGUCCUGAAGGGAACUGGUUCCUGCUGGGAACGCCAUCCCAGUUCCCAUUCCUGGGAUGUUUGUGUUUUAAUAAAAAUGUUUUACAGCCA